AUGGCGUCCGACGAGAGGGAAAUCGAUCCUUCCGAGUUUGUGCAGCGGAUUCAACGGCUGGGCGACCAGCGGGACCGCGAAGAUGCCGAGCGCGUCAAGAAGCUCGAGGAGGAGCUGAUACAGGGCCGCAGCGAGCGACUAGCGCGCAGAGCAGAGCGAGCCCGCUCCAUCUCCCCCGACAAGCCAUAUACGCCCCAGUCCCCGCGCUCUCAAGCUGCCACGCCCCGAAUGGUGCAGGAAAAGGCUGCCAGCACGCCCACGCCCGCCAUGAGCCCGCCAAGUCAAGACGCCGCCCGCGACGACUCGCUGCAGCGCCUCACGAGCUCGCCCACGCCCUCCGCCCUCGACGACACCGAGCCCAAGAAGCCCGCCACCAGCGCCGCGGCAUUGGGGCGCUCCGGCACCCUAUCGUGGAACCAGAGGCCCAAGUCCGGCAGCAUACGGCGGCCGCUGUCAGUCGCAUCGCGGUCCCCCGAGCGCCCGUCAGCCAGCAACACGCCCGAGCCGCCCUCGUCGCCCGAGGCCAAUCCCUCCAGAACCUCCAUCGCCGCCUCGUUAGGCGCCAAGGACCCAGCCUUCUUCCGACAGACACAGGACAGUGGAAGGGGCGCAGCGGCAUACAGGAAAAACCAGGACGAGGCGGCGUCAGAGACAGGCUCCGUGUCGGGCAGGAGACAGCUGCCGGGUAUGUCACGCGAGUCUACCAUAGAGCCCGAGGUCAGCAGCCCGCCUGCCGAAAGCAUACGCUCCAGCUCGCCCGGCUCUCGCGGCGGCUCGGUACGCGGCAGCGCCAUGCUGAGCAACCGCUUUUCCACCAACACGUCGGUAUCAGGGGGCGACGCUGAGCCGCUCGCCAAGGGGCGCUCUCCUCUCCCAACGCUCGACUCCCAAAAGUUCGCCCCGCCGUUUGAACAAGGCUCUUCGAUCGACGGUGGGGACAGCGAACGUGCCGCACGCGCCCUUGCCAUGUCGCCGACACAAGGGAGGAUUUCGCCCGAACGGGAACGAUCUGCCUCGCCUACCAAGGGCAUGGGCGGCUUCGUGCAAAGCGCCAUGCUCAAGCGCAGCGAUAGCGUAAGCAAGCGGUGGAGCACCCAGACACCGCCAGUCCUGAGCAGACAAAACUCUACCCUGAGCAACCGCGGAAGUGCCAUAACAGGCUACGGCUCACUCUCCGGCCUCGACCGACCUAGUCUGAGCAGAGACAACUCCAUCGAACCUUCGUCCUCCUCGCGUCCCGCCUCGAGUUACAGCAAUGCGACCAUCACGGGCGCCGACAAAGACAGCGCACCCAAAGACGAGUUCGUGAAGCCAGCCCUACCUCACCGUCACAGCCGAGCCAAGUCCGUCGCGUCUACCUUCAGCGACAAGGACGCACUCAACGACGACUUCUCGCCCCCGAGCCCCUCGAAGCGGUGGAGCCCUACAAAGUCGACUUGGCUGGAGAGUGCGCUGAGCAGGCCAGAGUCGCCCAAGCCGAAGCAAGCAGCGCCGGCGCAGCCUGCGUGGAUGGCAGAGAUCAACCGCAUCAAGCAACAGCGCAGUAGUGUUGACCUGGGGAAAGGCAGCCCAUUCGGAGAGCCAUCGUCUGGUCGCACCUCGCCCAUCAAGGACAUACAACUGAAGCCUGUCGGUCUUCGCAGACCCGAGUCUCCCAAGAAGGAGGAAGGCGCUGAGCCCAAGAAGAUGGAGACAGUCAAGGAGCAGUCUCCCAGCCCUACACCUGCAUUGGCACCGAAGCCCUUGUUCGCCAAGAAGUCGGAAUCUAAGCUCGCGACUGAGACACCAGCAGCGGCAGCUGAGCCUGAAGUCGUCAAGGACGCCCCUGAAAAGGCUGCUGUAGAAGCACCCGCUCCGACCCCCAACAAAUCGCAAUCACCGCCGCCAACAGCUGAACAACCAGCAACGCCCACCGAAGCCAAGCCGGUAGCAUCGCGAUUCACACAAGAUACAGGCCGUGGAUCUCCAGCGGCGAGGCCGAAAACCCCACCCAAGAAGGACUUCCGCGCCGGGCUGAAGCCACGCCGACCGCCUCCUGACAAUUCGAAGAAGGAUGGUGAGGUCAAUGAGUUGCAGAACGUCUUUGGCCGGCUACGAAAGGCCGAAACCAAGAACUAUGUUGCGCCUGACGUGCUCAAGGAUAACAUCACAAGAGGGAAGACCGCGCUUAAUGUGACUGGUGGUCCCAAGCCCACCGUCCGGAAAGACGAGUUCAGGGAGAGCCUCAUCAAGAGGAAAUCUACCAUCUUCGACAAGGCCCAGGAAGAGGGCUCUGCAUUGAAGCGAUCUGAUAGCGCAUCGAAACCAUCUCCUCCAACACCCGAAGCUAUUGCAAAGAAGAAGGGCCUGAACCGAGCAGACAGUGACCCAAAAGCUGGAGCCCCGAAAGAAGCAGAACCCAUACCGGAAGCUUUGGCUAGGAGGAAAAGUUUAGCUGCGAACAGGCCUAUCAUGAACGACAAGCCAGCACAGCCCGCAUCCUCUACGACAAAAGAGCCAGCCAUGUCUGGCAAGCUCGCGGGUCGCUUUAACCCUGCACUAGCCGGUAUGCUCGCUCGAGGUCCACCGCCUCUUGCGACGAACAAGUCUACAUCAAGUGCUGAGGUAGACUUGUCUCCUAUCAGGCCUGCGCAAGAAGAGAAGACUGGACCUGCCCCAGAGCUGCAACACAUGACCAAGGGCCGCGCCCGCGGACCGAAGCGAAGGGCGCCGAAAUCCACGACUGCCGGACCGGAAAAGACUCAGGACAAGGCUCAGGACAAGGUUGAGGAAAAGGCUCAAGAGAAGGUACCUACCGCUGCUGUUGCUCCUUUGGUGAAACCAGAGCAUGUCCUUCCUAGCUCCGAGGUUUCCAAGACUAACGGAAAAUCAGAGGAGCGACCAGUAGCCAGGACGCCGGUCAGACAGUCGUCGACUGAUAAGCCUGCCACGCCUGCCAAAUCAUCGCGCAUCUCUUCCGGAAAUUUCGGAAAAGCCUCCACUCCGGAGCUCCCCAAAAAGCCAGAGUCUCUGGAGUUGGACCGCAGAGUGUCUGGAUCUCAAGCCACCCCAAAGACGCCACGGCCCGAGUCUAUCAACUCACCGAAACCAUCAUCACCAAGAGUACCGAAUAAGCCAACAUCUCAAGAAUUUGAAAGACGGGUCUCUGGAUCGCAUACCACGCCGAUGAAGUCUCCACUACCAAGGCCAGUCGAAACACCAACGUCCGCAUCACCGACACCGACACCGACAUCGCAUUCUCGAUUCUCCCGUCCACUCCCGACGUUGCCGCAAACAGUGCCUUCAAAACCAGCAGCGGAGAGUCCUAGAUCAACGCCACUUAGGGAAAUAUCAACACCCAACGUAGAAAUCUCACCACCCAAGGAUGAGCCCUCGCCCGAGAAGACGACGUUUUCCUCGGUCAAGAGCGCCACCACUCUAUGGGGUAGGUCGUCGGCGUCUUCAUCGCCCGCUCCAACAAGGGUGAAGUCUCCCAUCAAGCUACCAACGCAAGCGGACGAACAAGCUGCGAUGAAAGACGCCGGACUGGUUCGCUCAUCAGAGCCAGAAACCAAGGCCCUUCCCAACCCGCCACAGCCCAGCCAACAGUCACCGACUGAAUCGAAACCUCUGCCACCGAAGCCGAAGCCUGUUGGCCUGGGCUUCAGCCUUGGUAGUCUGGGUGGAUUUGUCGCGUCACGAUCGCGAGACUCGAGUCCUCAAUUGCCUAAGAACGCGCCUAUGUCACCACCAGGGAGCGCAAACAGGCCAUUCUCUGAGCCAUCCAUUGUGUCACCAACUAUCCCAAAGCACGACGGGAUGUUCGCCGACUUCUUUGAUGAAGCGCCCGUUACUGAGGGCCAGCUUCCCGAUAACGUAGACACCAUGUACACACUAAAAUCGCCACCACUUGACCUUGGUCCGUCAGGGAAGAUUCGUACAUUACGCAAGCAGAUCCAAGAAGUAACCGGUGACGGGAGACUUACAUCUAUACCCAUGCAAGAAGAGCAUAUCUUGUUCCAAGAUUCAAUGUACUUGUGCACGCACGUCUAUGGUGAUGCAAGGGGCGGAAGACACACGGACGUGUACCUAUGGGCCGGCAAUGGUGUGCCCGAACCUACUCUGGAAGAUGUGCAACUCUUCGCAAAGAACCAUGCACGACAGAACCAAGGGACGCUUCUAGUCAUCCGUCAAGGUCAAGAGACACCGAACUUCUUUGAGGCUCUGGGUGGUAUUGUCAUCACACGACGUGGCGCAAAGCCAGGAUCGAAGGAGUUCAUGCUUUGUGGCCGUCGCCAUCUCGGACACCUCGCCUUUGAUGAAGUAGACUACUCUCUCAAGAGUCUAUGCUCCGCCUUUCCCUACCUCGUCUCCACUUCGACCGGCAAGGUAUACUUAUGGAAAGGUCGCGGCUGUUCCGCUGAGGAGGUGUCCGGUGCUCGCCUCAUGGGCAUGGACCUUGCACCCACGGGCGACUACAACGAGAUCGACGAGGGUGCCGAACCUCAAGCCUUCCUCAACAGCACAUUUCCUCCCUCCCAAGUGCCAGCGAAGGGCCCUGCCAUCCCACGCUCAGCAGACCACUGGCGCUACAAAGCCACAUCGGAUAAGUACCGCGUGCGUCUCUACAAGAUUGAACAAACGACCGGCCAACCGGCAGGAUGGGGCCAAGCACUCCAGGUGAGCAGCUCCUUUUUCGCACCGCUGCUGCGGAGACCGUCUUGGAACGCUGCUGAACAGAGGCCACAGACGCCGCUUACGCCCAAGACGCCGCACGGUGCUGUCAAGACCGAGGUCAAGGAGAUUAUGCCUUUCUCGCAGAGGGAUCUGGAGCCGGAGAACGUAUAUGUACUUGACGCGUUCUUCGAGAUGUACAUUAUCGUUGGCCCCUUGUCUCGCACACAAGCGCCUGCAUUCUCCACGGCUCUGAUGUUCGCGCAAGCCUACGGUAUGCUUGCUGUAUCGGAGGAAGACCGUCCGUUCAUGCCCGUGACGACGGUCGUACUAGAAGGUGUACCUCGCGACAUGAAGGUUCUGUUCCGACACUGGGACGACAAGCUCAUCCCCGCUGCUGGCUUGAUGAGCGGUAAACUUGGCCGAGGCAAGAGUUUGAGGAUCGUCGGUUUGGAGAAAGCCAUUGAGGCUACGCGGCGCUAG